AUGCUACGAGUAGAAGCAAAACAACAACUUAGGAUUUUUGGUCCAUUUUUUGCUACAAUGCUAUUGACAAUUGUUGUUUGGAUAUACAUGUAUAUUCGACGUAUCCAUUUUCUUAAUUCAAUCAGUAUUCGACCGGAACAACUUAUGCGCCCUGGUGAACUAGCACGAAUAUCACCUCCUGCUGUAUCGAAUCCAUCAGAUAAUCUAAAGAAUUUAUUUGAAAUUCCUGUAUUGUUUUAUGCACUUUCAAUUUAUUUGUUUAUAACGAAACAAGUUGAUAGUACACAUGUCAUUGCUGCUUGGAUUUUUCUUGUAUUUCGCACGUUACAUAGUUGCAUUCACUGUACGUUUAAUGCUAUUAUGCCUAGAUUUUAUUGUUACUUGUUUUCGUGUUUGGCUUUAUUUUUCAUGCUUUUUCGAGCUAUGUUAACACAUUUUUUUCCAUGA